AUGGAACUGCAGCAAGACGCGCUGGACGAAGCCUUCCGUCGUCAUAAGCAGUACUUCCACGAGUUCCUGAGCAACGAGGAGGCGAAUUACGGUAAAUACACGGACAAACUUCGCAGUAUGAUGCACCACAAACACACGCGACUGGUCAUUGACCUCAAUGAUUUGCGCGAGUACGACAGUUCGUUCACGGACCCUGCAGUGGGUACGCAGGAGAACAUUGUGAACCGGUUGCUGCGUGCUCCGGCCGAGUUUGUCCCUCCAUUUGAAGAGGCAGUGAAGGAGACGGUGUUUAAUAUGGACAGUCUCUACGGCGGCAAAGAAGCUGAAGAAACUAAGGCCAUGCAGUUCCACGUGGGCUUUGAAGGCGACUUUGGCCAUCAUAAUGUCAAUCCAAGAGGUCUCUUGGCCUCGUACUUGACUCAGAUGGUGUGUGUCCAUGGCAUUGCCACCAAGUGCUCUGCUGUGCGACCCAAAGUUGUCCGUUCCGUGCAUUAUUGCAAGGAGACCAAUGCCAUUUUGUCGAGAGAGUAUCGAGACAAUACGUCUAUUACAGGGGCCCCGACGUCGAGUGUCUAUCCGACAAAGGACGAACAUGGGAAUUUACUGGAGACCGAGUUUGGUCUGUCGCAGUAUAAAGACUAUCAAAUGAUUAGUAUGCAAGAGACGCCGGAAACGGCACCACUUGGACAACUGCCCCGGUCGUGUGAGGUUAUUGUCGAGAACGACAUGGUUGACAAGUGCAAACCUGGUGAUCGUGUCCGUAUAGUUGGCAUUUACCGUCCUCUUGGUGGAAACAGCACUGCAUCCACGACAGCAGUUUUUCGGACAGUGCUGAUUGCUAAUAAUGUUCAACUCAUGGGCAAGGACGUCAAUGGUAUUGUCAUGUCGCCCGACGAUCUGUUGAAUGUCCGAGAGUUUGCAAAACAUACGAACGCAUUCGAAAUGCUUUCGCGAUCGAUUGCGCCGUCGAUCUACGGUCAUGGCGAGAUUAAGCAGGCGCUGUUACUCCAGCUGCUAGGUGGCAUGGAGAAAAAUCUCGAAAACGGUACCCAUCUUCGUGGUGACGUUAAUAUCUUGAUGGUAGGUGACCCAUCGACCGCCAAGUCUCAGCUACUGCGUUUUGUUCGGACAAUCGCACCUCUAGCCGUUAACACUACAGGUCGUGGCUCGUCCGGUGUGGGUUUGACCGCCGCUGUCACUAUCGACCCUGACACCAAGGAGCGCCGACUCGAAGCUGGUGCAAUGGUGCUUGCCGACCGAGGCAUUGUAUGUAUCGACGAGUUCGACAAAAUGAGCGAAGCAGAUCGUGUGGCUAUACACGAAGUCAUGGAACAGCAGACAGUGACGAUUGCUAAGGCUGGCAUCCACGCCACCCUGAACGCCCGCUGCAGUGUAUUGGCCGCGGCAAACCCCGUGUAUGGUCAGUACGACAAAAACAAGAAGCCACAGGAGAACAUCGGUCUGCCGGAUUCGCUCUUGUCCCGUUUUGAUUUGCUUUUCGUGGUGCUUGAUCGCCUCGAUCGUGGUGCCGACCGCAACAUCUCGGACCAUGUCUUGCGUAUGCAUCGGUAUACUCGCCCGGGUCAAGAAGGCAUCCCGCUCUCGUUCGAAGUGAGCUCAACGGAUCACAUGGCUUCGCUUAACGAACCCACUGACGACCACUCGAAGGUGUCCAUAUUCCAGAAGUUUGACCCGCUGCUUCAUGGUGGGUACCAGUCCUCAUCAUAUGCCGGUAGUGGCAACGGUAUCCUCACGCUAGAUUUUCUCAAGAAGUACAUUUAUUACGCCAAGAUGCGUUACCAGCCCGUGUUGACAGAUAGUGCGAUCGAGCUGAUCUCCGAGGGAUACGCUGAGCUGCGUUCUCAGCAGAAUGCGCGGACAUUGCCUGUGACAGCGCGUACUUUAGAAACGUUGAUUCGUCUUGCGUCGGCGCAUGCAAAGGCACGGCUAAGCAAGACAGUGGAUGCAGUGGAUGCUGAAAAGGUCAUGUCAUUGAUUAGUUUUGCGCUGUACCAUGAUGCGUCGGAGCCCCACACGGAUAACACGCGACCAGAGGUGACCCAAGAACCGGAAACUGGCAGCGAGAAGGCUAUGGCAGAGUUGGAGAUUGAAAGUCCUUUGACACCGGAGAAGCCCAUUUCGAUCGAGAAAUCCAGAAAACGAGAUCGAGCAUCGUGGAGCUCUGGUACGCUCGCUGAUGACAUUCUAAGCCUGUUGUCAGAGAUGGGCAGCGAUACCACUAUCGACGAUGCGAACGACAACAUCUCACUGAUGAGCAUUUUGUCGCGACUGAACCAUGGUCGCUCCAAGAACGACGCGAUUGCCCGUGCUGACGUUGAAAAAGUGCUGGUGGAUCUGGAAGAGCAGAAUAAGGUCAUGUACAUCCAGGACGGCGAGGAUCCGAUGAUCAUGCUCAUCUAG